AUGCCGAGACUUGUACGCAGAAAGCCCUUCAUUGAGCGCGUAAAAGACUUCAUCAACCCCGCCGACUUCUUGCUCUGGCUGUCCGAGGAGGUCGAGACUAGGGACUGGGAUUCUAAGCAUUUUGCGACACCUUUGGCUCUAGGACUGCAUAUUGUUCUGUUGAUUGCUAGGGCGAAUAGUGGCAGAUCUACCACUGGAGCAGAUGAUGUGUUUGGGGAAGACUACUCUAGUACUGGUUGGCUGAGCUACAUUGCUUCUUUCAUUGUAUAUCUGUUAACCUGUUUCUCUAUUGCAAAUGCAGCAUACACAUUUCUUCGCAGACGACAUUACCGAUUGUUUGAGAGCUCCAUCGACACUUCGCAGAAUACCCCUUCAGCACAUCGAGUUCGCGUUGAUUCUUCGCCCGUCUCUUCCUCACCACUACGGCUGCUUACAUCCAUACUUGGAGACACCAGUGCUGAAUCAAGGGCACAUCCUGAUCCAACCCGCGAUGUCUGGGAAAUAGCAGUGUGGGACCCAAUACCAAUUUGCCUCCGUUUAUUCUGUUUUUUUAGCCCUGGCCAUGUUCUAGUCUAUUGGCUCUUCCUCCCCACACUGUCCUCGGAUCCUCGACCGAGCAUGACGGUUUUCACAGCAUUGCUUCUAGAGGUCCUCCUAUCUUCACAGCUACUCCUUUUGCAGUCAGCAUUUUCACAGCAAGAGAAGGACUCUGCUAUCAUACAUAAAGAGGUUAUGAGCGAAUAUGAUAUCAAAUACGUCCACCCGCGACUAAACCCUCUUGUUCGCGAUGUCGGCACCCAAUAUACGGGCGCGAAUAAGGAGAUCAGAGAGGAGGAGGAAGGGGUGGUCGAUACCUACACACCCACGGUUAUUCUCAAACGAGGAUUCCGCACAAACCCAAACCCUAACUACGCCAAGCACGUGGACCCAGACAAUACUGAACGAAUUUCUCGACAGGUACUUUCGCCGGUGUCUUCAUACACUCCAUCAGCCUAUAAUUCUCGUGAGCCAACGCCUUUCAGUGGAAUGACGCCACGGCCACCCAUCCGCCAGCCUCAAUUCCGUCAAAGUGUUGGCGGUGCCAUCUCAACUGGUACAGGCACAGGCGAUGGGGGAAACCUGGGAGUCUAUAGUCAUGCAAACUCUCCUCUAAAAAAGGCUACGAGUAUGUAUGACAUUCAAGGCAGCGCACGUGACCCUCCACGCAAUUCGUUCGAGAUGGCGGGGCGAGAAAUCCAAAACCACCGGGAGAGAAGCCAUAGUCCAGCUAAAAGGCAAAGCGAAGCUCCUAGGUCUCUUCUUGGACUAGAGAAUGAUAGACGCACAAGUUCUCCUGGGUUCGGAUUGAAACCACUGCCUGGGCCGCAGUAUAAUAGUCCUUACAGGCGGGCUCCGUCCCGGUUCGUUUAA